AUGGAAGACUUGGAUGGCGCCAGCAACCUUAUCGCCGAUUUGCUGAAGAAGCUAUCCGAGCUAGACGAUAAGGUUGAUACUUACCGCAAAGACAUGGUCGUUGAGUUUCAAAGGUAUUCUGAUGACCUACUCCGAGACUUGCCCAACGACGUCACGACCCAAGUCAACCGCGCCAUCACCGCUUCCAUGUCUGAAGGCAGAUACCGUAACCUGUUUCCCCAGAGCCUCGACGAGGAGAGACAUGUCUCUUUCGAACCUGAGUCACCAGCAAUAGAUCGUAAAAUGUGGGACGGCAGAGGCUCUCCGCCCCCGGUACUGCACCACACCUCUGGUGUUCCGAACGCAUCCAAUACAGCCAACGCCACCAUUGCUCGCGCCCUUGGCAGCAGCCCCAGAGAUGGCGUACGCGAUCCCCAUGCGCGCGAGAGGGAAUUUCGCGGUCUCUUUACGCCCUCAUACCUGCCGCUACUCGAGGCUGCCGACAGAGUAUCUGCGGCACAACCGUCCACGACAACAGAUUCCGAUUCGCCGCCCCAGACAGAAGAAGCAAAAACUUCACCCAAAGUGGCUGGAGGUGGCAGCGGGGUGGUACCAAGGUUUCCCCCAGUUCGAAGUUUCACGGAUCCGUCGGCCGAUUGCGGAUCGGUCGAAAGCGACAAAGAAAGAAACGCUCGGCGAAGUGCUCUACGCAGAUCUUCGAGUUCUAAUAGAUCCAGUCCGCGACGGGUACGCUUCGACUUCGAAGGCGAGGUUGUGUUGCCCACUUCAUCUCCAAGCUCAAGUGGCGUCGCGUCGUCAUCUCCGCCGCCUGAAUUAGCCAGGGAAGAAGAAUCACAUGUUCCGCUCAAUGAGUCACCCCAGGCUACCAGGCCAGCAGCGCCAUCUCCACCACGGUCACCCUCAUCAAGAUCUCUGCUAGACGACGAAGACGAUUAUUUCCCGCCGCCUAAAAAAGUGUCAUCAUCCCAGGCACUCAGGGCACUAUCCAAAUUACCCCUGGAGGACCCCUCGACGUGGACCGUGGUCAACGCCAAUUCAGAACCGGCUGCGGCUGAGGAAAAUAAGGAAACCGCACAACCCGACGCCGCCCCCAACUUUGCCACUUAUAUGCCGUCUUCUUCUCACAUUGAAGAAGUUGGAGCGCAGCCUCUGGGUGCAGCGCAGCUAGGCUCGCCUUUGCAAGACCUCGAGGAGUAUUACGACGAUUCCAGUGAAUCCGACGACGACUUUGUCUCUAUGCCCAUCCGACCGAUCCGAAAGAAGUCCAUCUCCCCAGAUGCUCGAAUGCCUUCAUUAAAGCCACCCGAGACGCAGCCGACCCAAACAAGAAGCCCAGAAGCGGGUGUGGGCGAGGCUACCAAACCCAACAACCAGGACGAUCACAUGGAUUCGAGACGUUCGAUGGCAAGCAAAUUGAACGCAAAGUCAAGCGUCCAGCAAGCCAGUGUCGCCACCACCACUGAAGCUCUCAAUGCCGAUGGAGAGCUGGACGGUGACGAACUUUUCGACAUGGAGGAGGACAUGUACGCUAAACGGGAUAGCCAGCCUUAUAUCAACCACGAAGAUGAGUCCGAUCUUGAGCCGGAGACAGAGGCUAUAGAAGAUGCAGAGAGAGAAGGUAUUCCUAUGGAGAAGCCGCCGCAUUCACCCAGCCUGUUUGUCGCUCCCAAACCGCAGAGCAUCAGCUUGACGCCACCAAACGUCUCGGCUGGCUCAUACAAGGGUCGGCCUGUCUCCUUCGACGUCGUCAAAGACCACAAGCUGCUGCACAGGGCAGCUGAGCUCGGCGAUUUGCACACCUUUGUCGGCAGCAUCGAUGGCCGGAGCGGCGUGGAUGGCAUUGACCCUAGUAGCUACCGAGGCGCCAGUUUCCGGGGCGCAAGCAGUCUUUCUGGGCUAGCUUUUUCAGGUGCCCCUAGGAGCCUAUCUGAGAGAAUGUUUCUCGAAGAUCUGGCCGAGGAGGGUGGCUCACUGCCAAAACGGUGA